AAUGUCAGAUCAAGAAGAGACAGCACCAGUCGCUCCCCCUCCACUAACAGCAGAAGAACGUCGUCAACGUCGACUUGCAAAAAUAUUGGGAAAUUCUGAAGGCAGAAUUAAUCGAAUUCUGAAUAACGGAGGCGACGAAAAUGGCAAACGACAUGCUCCUGCAAUUGAGGGCGGCGAGGGCUACAAUAUUUUGCCGACUCCAAGCUCAUCUGAUAGCGUCACUGUUCCACAAAAUUCUGAGUUCCCCGGAUUUCCCAGCGAAUUUCCAGCUGGAUUCCCCGCAGAUAUUGCUCAAUUUGCUCAAUUUUCUGAUGGAAUGGGCAAUCUGAACACUAAUCGAGGACCCCCUCCACCUCCAGUUAAAGGAAUAAAUGUUCCACUAGUGGCAAUCAUUCUUGGACUUCUUUCUCGUGCAAUUAUGCUUCUCACAGGACCAAUAAAUAUCGGAAUACUUUGGGCAAUCUUCUACGUCACUCUUGUUUCUCGAUUCUCGGCUGUCGGUUUGAAUAAUCAAACAAGAAACGAACUUGCUGCUGUUUUUCAAGCAAUGGGGAAUAAUAAUCAAUUUGAAAAAAUUAUGAAUGCGGGUUUCAAAAUCAUUGAAUUCAUCCAAACGACCGUCUCCUUCGCCGCCAGCUUCCUUCUCGCCCAUAUGAUACUUGAACUCUACGAUUUUUCAGCGGAUUAUCAAAUUGUCUUUUAAAAUGUUAUUAGUUGUAUGUAAAUCGGAAGUUUUAUUAAAUUAUUUGUGUU